UCAAAGAUUCUUCUUUCCUGCUUCUCCUUCUGUUUUGAAUGAUCUCCUCGAUGUUGAAUUAAGGAACAUUUAAAAGUUAUAAAAAAGAAAUUAAAUGAAUGUGAUCAUGAAGACCUUAGUUUCCCUGGAGAUUCAAAACCAAGUCCAGCUGACAUGGAAAUUCAGUCUGAAAAGCCAAAACAGAAGAAUGAUGAGCUUAUAGCAAAACUGCAACCGUCAUCUUCAAAAUGCAUACGUCUGGAUGAGGAAAAGACACCUCAACAGGAGUUAUCGAUGGAAGCACUUCUAAAGCGACGUGAAGAACUGAAGGAUAGAGUAAAGAAGGCGAAACAAGAAGCAGUAAACCUCAGAAAUAUAGAAACGAAUAUGGUAGAAAUCUGUGAAUUAGAAGACUAUAAAAAGAAGGUUGAAGAAAGAGCAAGACGGGAUGUAGAAGACAAAGUAGAAAAAGUCAAUUCACUUUUACAGAGACAAAGAGCAUCUCAAGAAAUGUCAGAGCAGAUGAUAAAUGAUCAGGCUUCAACAAGUCACUUGGAACUCAGAAAUAAAGAGCUGGAAUCAGAAAUCUCUAAAGUGCAAACUUCUCAAGAUGAUAUCGAAAGAGAAUUGGAGAAAUAUGUGCGACUCUGCCAAGAAGAAUUGGAAGGCAGAAAGUUACUGGAAAAUCAGCUAACUGAGUAAGUCAAAUGCAGAAUCAGAGAAAAUAAAUUUAA